UCGAUUAUCGAUCCUCCUUUUUCAUGAAUAGUGUUGUGGUUUUAUGUUAUGGUUGAUGUUCUGGUAUAUUAAUUGUGGUUUGUUAGAUAUAAUGUAACUAGUGUUGCAAACAGUAACUAAUUUGUCAGUAGUGCCACCUGCCUGUCUGUCUGUGUCUGUCGUCUUGUUCGCUAACAACAAGACUUGCCUUCCAGUUAAACUCAUGGAAUGAUGUAAAUAUACGCGAUAUAUCUGUGUGCUAGUAUGUUUUAUUCAUUUAAACGCAAACGUUGGCCCAUGUUUGCGUGCGUGCUAUUGAUUUAAUUUAAAUAAACACUGACAUCUGAUGGAUUUCAACCAGGGGAGGAGACCAUGACAGUGUAAGCCGUCGAAACAGGACACUUUUUUGAUAGUGACGUCAGGGUAACGUUAGACGAUGAGGACGAGUGAGUUCGAUUCAUCGGAUGAAGAGGAUUUCGGCGAGGAAGACGCCACACCUCUCCAGAUCUCAUGGUUGUCUCUAUCAGUGGUCGAAAGUUCUCAGUCUCUUGGUAUAUGUUCCUUACCAGGAUGCAGAUAUAAAGAUAUCAGAAGAAACCUGCAGAAAGAUGUCGCUGAGUUUUGUGAUCAGGGUGUGGAGGACGUGUUUGUAUUCUGUACCAGAGGGGAGCUGGUGCGCUACAGAGUGCCCUGUCUAUUAGAAGCUUAUUCUCAGCGUGGACUCAGGGUGCACCACCUCCCCUUCCCAGACGGAGGCGCGCCAGAGCUUUCUCAAUGCUGCUGCAUUCUGGAAGAACUGCAGGGCUGCCUGCAGAAUCAACGCAGGACUGUCAUACAUUGUUAUGGAGGACUGGGUCGAUCAGGAUUAAGCAAGUAUCAAACACUCGGAAAGAGUGUAAUGUGCAUUAGUAAAGUUAAGAGUGACCGGAGUGUGGUGUUGGAAUGUAAUUUGUGUCUCAUUGUCAUAGUUGCUGCAUGUUUGCUGCUGCAGCUAUCUGUCUCCAUGACGCCCAGUAAAGCAUUAGAGAUCCUGCGGGAACUGAGAGGGGGCGGAGCCAUUCAGACAGUCAAGCAAUAUAACUUCCUGCAUGAGUUUCGAGAAAAGUUUGAAGCAUAUCAAGCAGCAAAAGAAGCUCUUUCUGAAAGAUCAGUGUCCAGAUGAUCCAUCAGACAUCCAGGUGAUGGGAAAAGCAGAAAACAAUGAUCAAUGGCUUUGCUCUGUGGAUUUUUUCAUCAUACAUGUUUCUUUUUUGUUGGCACUUUAAAACGUCUGUAUUUUUAUAAAUGGAUUUAAUAAUGAUAUUGAGCUUAAUAUAUAGCAUUGUGAUUAAAUGAGAUUAAUUCACUUCAAUAUGACCCUAAUUUAAUUAAAUAAGACUGGCCUUGAAUACUACGAACUCACAUCCUGAGUAAUGCUUAUUCUUAUCUCUGGGAAACUAUACACUUGAUACAUAAUAUACCCAGUAAUCCAGAAGUUUUUAUUAUGGAUGCCAGGUAUUGUGCCUCUUGUGUUGUUUUGGACACCUAUUGUUUCAUGCCAAAGAUGUCUUUAGUAUUGAUGCAAAACGACUCAACCAUCUGAAUCAUUAAUACAUUUUAUUAUUAAAUCCUUUUAAUGGAAUCCAAGCAAGUUAGAGCAGACUUAUACUGGUCCAAAUAGACCAUUCUUUGUGUAUUUGUCUUAAAGCUUUUCAGAUUCUGUUCAACUUUAAUAGAUUGAAAACACUAAAAAAAUAUGAAAUAAAUUGUUUAAUACAUGAAAUAUGUCCUUGAAUAGAAUCACUUUCAGAAAUAUGUAAUAGUGUUUUUAAACUUUUGUAUGGUGUAUUGUAUUUUGUAAAAUAUCAGGAGACAUAAUUCAAAAUCAGACCGAAUUGAACAGAACGACAGGUACAGCUCAAAAAAUUUGAAUAUCGUGAAAAAGGUCAAUAGUUUUUGUCACUAAUUUCAGAAAGUGAAACCCAUAUAAUAUAUGAUAGAUUCAUUACACAUAGAGUGAAAUAUUUCUAGCCUUUAUUUAUUAAAAAUGUUAUGAUUAUGGCUUACAGAUAAUGAAAACUCAAAAUUCAGUGUCUCAGAAAAUUAGAAUAAUACAUAAAAGCAAUAAAACAUUUUUUUAAAGAAAGGCUUCUGAAAGUAUGUUCAUUUCUAUGGACGCAAUAUUUGGUUGGGCCUCCUUUUCUGCAUGAAUUACUGCAUCAAUGCGGCGUGGCAUGGAGGCAAUCAGCCUGUGGCACUGCUCGAGUGUAAUAAAAACCUGAUUGCUUUGAUAGCGGCCUUCAGGUCAACUGCA